AACAACAGCGCCGCAGUGUACGCAGUCACCCGUCGGACAAACGUUUUAACUCUUAAAAGAGGUCUUCAAGAAUUUAAGCAGCAACAGAGGGAUAUGGAUCGCUGGGCAGGACGCGUUGCCCUGGUAACAGGAGCAUCGAAAGGGAUAGGAGCAGCCAUUGCACGUGCUCUGGUUAAGAAUGGUAUGGUGGUGGUUGGAUGUGCCAGACACGUGGAAGAUAUGCAAAUUGCAAAGGAAAAUCUUGCAAGCGAAAAGGGCCGUUUAAUACCAAUGAAAUGCGACCUUUCCAAAACAGAAGAGAUAGAGUCCAUGUUUCAAGAAAUCAAGGAACAGUUGGGCGGUGCGGACGUAUGCGUUAACAACGCUGGGAUCUCCUUUUUCCAAGACUGCAAAUCAGGGUCUGUGACUGAUACCAAGGCGUUGUAUGACGUGAAUUUUUUCGCCGCCAUGACCGUUUCCCAGCUGACCAUCAGGUCUUUACAGGAAAGGAACAUGGAUGACGGACACAUCAUCAACAUUGGCAGUGCAUGUGGUAUGGUGAUUCAUACUGACUACCCGUGUCAUACAUACAGCACUGCAAAGUUUGCCCUGGGGGCCUUCACCGAGAGUCUGAGACACGAGCUGAGGAAGGAGAAGACGAAAAUUAGGACGACGAUUAUUAAUCCUGGAUGGGUGAAUACCCCGCUUGUUAAUGUGAAAAAUACUGAAAAUGUGUUUGAACCGGGAAAAUCUCUUCAACCGGACGACGUGGCUUCCGCUGUGACUUAUGUACUUGAGGCUCCACCAAACGUCAAUAUAGGUUACUGUCGAAUUAGCAUGUUAGCAGAGAGUAUAAAAACUGUCACAUUUACAUGUCUGCCAUAA